AUGCCAGAGGACACAGAGCAGAACGGACCAUCUAGAGCCACGCUAAAUACCCAGCGACUCUCGGCGAUGAUUGAUUCGCUGCACAAUGAGAAAGACGAUGGAUUCUUUCAACCUCCCACGCCUACCACAACGGCGACAGAGAGCGAAACGAUAGACCAAAGUGAUUUCAUUAAACCCCCAUCGAGAUUACUGAGAUCACCCGCCGGUGAUGUCUCGCUACCACCUGGCGACAAUAGAUCAAGCAUGAUUUCCAACUAUUCUGGUGUUAUCCAAGAGGGCGUGCAAAUUUCGUACGUCGUCAAGAACCAGCAACAUAGCCAAGUGAAGCACAAUAGCAAGGAACCCAGUGGCGUGAGUCCCUUGAAGCAGUCAGUGAACAGGGAUGAUUUGCCAAUUCUGCCUGUCCUGCCCUCGGAGACGACAUUGAUCAAACAUUUAAGUGAUGAUCAAAGCACGAAAUCAAGAAAUGAUGGAGACGAGAUUAUCAUUAGACCAGUUACCAAUGCCAAACCAGUUGGGAGGUUCAGUUCCAGCACUUCGAAGAAAGCAGAGACUCACGGGUCAUUGAAGCUAUUGUCCAGUCCUCGACGUCAGGGGAAGGUAUUGCGUUCCUCCAUAGGCUCGGGAAAUUUGGCUAGUGAAAGUGGAUCUUCCACCUAUAAUGCCAAACUUCACCAGUCUAUUCAAGAGCAGUUGGAGGAGGAAGAAGAAGCAAGCGCUAGUGACAAGCUUUCGAUUGUUUCUAGCGUCAUACCUGACUUAUCUACGAAGACAAACGGCGUGCCCAAAGAGAUGAACCCAAUACGUUCUGAAACCAAUGAUUAUAACCCCACCAUUCCGCCCAGAAGUAAAGACCGUCCUAGGUCAAGGCUGUUCAUCCAAGACGAUGAUGGCGAGGACACCUUUUUAGAUGGAGAACUACUACCAACACCUGUUCAAGCAACUGGCCACUUCAAAAAUCCGUCUCAGAUUUCCACCGUGAGUGAACAAAAAUCAGAAUCGUACUACUCCGCAGCUACUAGUAUGCCUCCAGAAGAAGAAACUUACUUGACCAGGCCGCUGCCCUGUACACCCAAUGAGGAUCAGAAAGAUACAUCGAAUCUGAAACGUGAUGAUACAUUAAAGGCUACGUAUGCAAGAACAAACCGUAUUUCAGUUACGCCAGAUGAAGAAGAUGACGACAAAUACGAGGAUAUCAUUGAUAAAACGCCUAAGAAGACCAACCGCAAGAAGGAUCCGAAGGUAAAACUCAAUAAAAAGAAAUCUGUGAAGGAAUUGCGAUCAUUCGAUAUCGAUACACUGAACCAGUUGUUGAGUGUAACAAAGGGAACUUUGAUUGGUUCAGAGUUUGCUCAACUGGGGAUGCAAAUAGAGGAGAAACGUGCCCUGGAGAGGCUAGUAGACUCGUUGUCGAGGUUGACAGCAGACAUGGUUCUUGAUCCUGACCGGUAUGAAGAGGGACUAAAAAGAUUGGACAAAGCUACAAAGGCUCUUGAAGGGUUUUGA